UGUCUGAAGAAACAGAUGGACGGCUGGUGUUGAGUUGAGUUGGGCUUUCGCAUCGAAUCGAAUGUUUCCCCGUUGGUGGUGGAUGAAUAAAUCGGGUCCGAUUGACGUUGGCAGCCAUGACCCUAAACCCUUUAGGGUUCAAUGUGUUGGCAAGUGGGGAAGGAAGGAGAGGCAUGAGUGACAGACAGGGCCAGCAGCAGAGACACCAAAUCGGCCUCAACUGUUGUGAAUGCACCUCCCCUGCACUGCACUGCACUACAGGCCUUCUCUUCUCUUCUUUAUCUGUCCUUGCCGUGCCUGCAUAAAAUAAAUAAAUAUGUACUGUUAAUCAGCUCAGAUCAAAGUCAAAAAAAUAAAAUAUAGCACGGGACUGAAUACACAAUCCUAGCUAGACAAGGACUUGUCUGCGGUGCAUGAUUACUUAAUUUCAUCUAAAUGGGAUUUAUGGCUGCCGUUGCCUAGCUGCACAGAAAACAAAAGCAAAACAUGUGACCUCCAAGCGAUUGCUUAUACGGCGACGGCAGAAAUCCAAUGGUCAACUGUGCUGUACUGCACUGCGAUGUACUGCACUGCUGUUUCAUUCCAUUCCAUUGCCACUACUAAACCCCGCCGACCCCCACAGGAGAGAUUAGUUACCAGCCAUGGCCACCACCGUCAACCCCGCCGAAGCCGACCUGGAGUCGCUCGCCAGCGACACCCACGCCAAGCCACCUAUGAGGUCCCUGCUUGGGCGCGCGUGCGACAACCUGGUGUUCCGGUCGGUGUGGUCGGAGCUCAACGGCGCCAUGGGCGACCUGGGCACCUACAUCCCCAUCGUGCUCUCGCUCGCGCUCUCCCGCCACCUCGACCUCGGCACCACCCUCAUCUUCACCGGCAUCUACAACGUCGUCACCGGACUCAUCUACGGCGUGCCCAUGCCCGUCCAGCCCAUGAAGGCCAUCGCCGCCACUGCGCUCUCAGAUCCCUCCUUCGCCAUCCCCGAGAUCAUGGCCGCCGGCAUCCUCAGCGCCGCCUUCGUCCUCUUCCUCGGCGUCACGCGACUCAUGCAGCUCGUCUACUGGAUCGUCCCGCUCCCCGUCGUGCGUGGCAUCCAGCUCGCCCAGGGACUCAACUUCGCCAUGGCCGCCGUCAAGUACAUCCGUUACGAGCAGGACCUCGCCAAGGGCAAGUCCAUGGGACACCGCCCUUGGACCGGCCUCGACGGACUCGUACUGGCCAUCGCGGCCAUCUGCUUCAUCCUCCUCGUCAACGGCGCCGGCGAAAGCCAAGGUCAAGGAGGAGACACCCAACUAACCGAAAGCCAAGAAGAUGGACACGAUCGCGUUCGACAAGAGAAUAAAGUUCGGACCUUUAUCAGGCGCGCGGGGCCGGCGAUACCUUCGGCGGUGAUCGUGUUCGUGCUGGGCGUGGCGUUCGCCGUGGCGCGGCACCCGGCGGCGGUGCGGGAGCUGCGCGCGGGGCCGUCGCGGAUGCUCGUGGUGCACAUCUCGCGGGAGGCGUGGAAGCAGGGCUUCCUCAAGGGCGCCGUGCCGCAGAUCCCGCUGUCCGUGCUCAACUCCGUGGUGGCGGUGUGCAAGCUCACGCGCGACCUCUUCCCGGAGAAGGCGGCGUCGGCCACGUCGGUGUCGGUGACAAUGGGCGCGAUGAACCUCGUCGGCUGCUGGUUCGGCGCCAUGCCCUGCUGCCACGGCGCGGGCGGGCUGGCGGGGCAGUACAAGUUCGGCGGCCGCAGCGGCGGGUGCGUGGCUGCGCUGGGCGCGCUCAAGCUAGCGCUCGGGCUCGGGCUGGGUGGCUCCAUGCUGCGCGUGCUCGUCCAGUUCCCCGUGGGACUGCUGGGCGUGCUGCUGCUCUUCGCCGGCGUCGAGCUGGCCAUCGCGGCUAGGGACAUAUCCUCCAAGGCGGAGGCGUUCGUCAUGCUGCUGUGCACCGCCGUGUCGCUCGUGGGGUCCAGCGCCGCGCUGGGCUUCCUCUGCGGCAUGAUCGCGCACGGCCUGCUGAUGCUCAGGGCAUGCAUCAUGGGGGUGAGGCCGAGCGGCCGCCUGAUCUGAUGGGGACAUCAGCUUGAUCAGCAGCAGGGCAUGGCAAGUCCAUUCCGUUCCAUGCUCAGUUGUGUUUGACACUGACUGAUUCUGCUCAGCUUGGUUAUGGUUGGGAAUUGGGAUUACAUACAUACCACAUUGUGCAUGCUCCCUUGUCACCAAUCGGUGACUGGACCAACAAUUUACAGUGGAAAUAAUACUUGUUCCUUCAUUUUCAA